AUGAGUAAGCGGGAGAGUUAUCUUAAUCUUCCUCGGAUGCUUCUUAGAGUUCUGCUGGUAGAAGCAGACGACUCCACUCGUCAGAUCAUUGCUGCUUUGCUUCGUAAAUGCAAUUACACAGUUGCUGCUGUCCCUGAUGGUUUAAAGGCAUGGGAGACAUUAAAAGGGGGAACUGACAAGAUAGACCUCAUAUUGACGGAAGUGGAGUUGCCAUCGAUCUCUGGAUAUGCGCUUCUCACCUUAAUUAUGGAGCAUGACAUUUGCAAAAAUAUUCCAGUUAUCAUGAUGUCGUCUCAUGAUUCAAUUAGUGUGGUCUUGAAAUGCAUGUUAAAAGGCGCUGCUGACUUUCUCAUUAAGCCUGUGAGGAGGAAUGAGCUGAAGAACCUAUGGCAGCAUGUUUGGAGAAGACAAAUGCAAACUGCUGGGCAUGUUCCUCACAAUAGAACAGCUGCAAAACGCGAAGUUGAAGCCGUCUCUGAAAACAAUGCUUCAAGCAAUCAUUCGAGUGAUUGUCUGACUUCUACCAAGAAAAUAAAUGAAUGCAGCCAGAAAGGAAGUGAUGCUGAAAGCUCUUGUACAAUGCUUUACUUGGAAGCUGAGGAUGCAUACGUGGAAAAUAUGCAGGGUUUGUCACAGAUAAAUUUUGAAAGAGCAUCAUCUGAUGAAAGCAAUAUAGCAAGGCAUGAAGCAUGUGGAGAAUUAGUUGAGAAAUUGCUUAUGUCUAAUAAUGAAACAGGAGGAAAAUCAAGUGUGUCUGGAUCAGAUGUUGCUUCAUGCAAUGAACGUUAUAGUACAACUGGACUCAGAUCGGGAGAAGACCAUACAUUGAAUAAAAAUGCAGGUGUGUGUCUAGAAAGUUAUGGAGACUACAGAAAUAUCAUUGGUGAGAAUGACCGGUGCACUGAUGAACUUGUUGAGCCCUCAAGUGAAGCCAUUGACUUGAUCAGCAAAUUUGAAUACAACCCAACAGACAUUGCUGGAUGUUCCGGCAGUGUUGCUCCAUACUUAGAACUUUCUUUGAGAGGAUCCUAUCCCAGUUGCUCAAAAGAUGUACGGACUAACCAACGGCAUACUCUACACCACUCCAACGUCUCUGCCUUUUCACGGCAAGUCACUCUUUCAAUAAUCUUAGUAUAGUCAUAUCUGGAUGGUUCUUAGUACAGUCAUAUAGUCAUAUCUGGAUGGUGCUGAAGUUGAGAUUUGAAAAAGGCAACAUUGGGUUAUUUUUUUUCAGAGUACCCAUGCUUUCAAUUGUUUCUCACUGCCUUCUGUUUUAUUGUAAAAGUGCAUGUGUUAUACACUUAUUGACGAU